GAUGGGUUGCGUGUAGCGUAUGAUGUUGAAAGAAUGGAGAAUCCUAUUGCGUGAAACUACAAGAGAAUAGGAGCUUUGGAGGCUUCCGCCAAAAGAGGCUAGAUUUGCGGUUGCAGCGGCUAUCUGGAACGACCGCAGUCACGUUGGGGGUUCCGUCAAAAGGUGCAGUCGAGGUGAUGAUUCGAUUGCUAUGCGGCAGCGGGUGCGGUUACCACGGCCCUAGUGCACGCUUCGGCGACUCCUAACAGCACGCGGACGAAAGAAGACAUUCCGAGAGUGAUCUGACUGCCACCUUCUUAGCCUUAGGAAAGGGUUUGGACUCCAAUCGUCAUCUUUGGAAGGGAGAAAGUGAGGCAGCUUGUUGGGAAUCAAGGCAUGGGCCGCCCAUUGCCCGGCCUUUCAUCUCAGGAAGGCAAAGAUGUCUCCCUGGGAAUGCCCGGAGCGUGGGCUGAUGAGAAUAGCGAGUUGGCCGAUCAUUACACGACCAAAGUUGGGGGCGAGCCAGAUUGGCCGGCUCCUCUCAAACCCUUGAUAAAAGGUGAUCAGCUCAGAUGUGCUGUUUGUGGUGGAUACCUUGGCCUGGUGGCGCAGGUGCACGCUCCUUUGACAACUGAUGGAUUCAACUUCCCGGAACGAACUCUCUACAUCCUAGGCUGCCCAGCACAAGGCUGUGGAGUCAGUCAAACAAGCUGGCGAACCAUUAGAGUGCAAAAGAACACCCCUGAGAUAGAAAACACGGCCGAUUAUAUCGACCCUUCGCCAUCAGCUGCUCCGGAUGCCAUCGACUCCGAAUGGGGAGGAACUUCAAGUAGACAGGGUGGAACUGACAGAACCCAAAGAGACGAUUGGUGGGAUGAUAAUUUGUGGGAUGGGCCUCCGGUUGAGGAAUCCAGUUACGCGGAGGGAGACAGCAUGAAUUUUCAGGAACUUCAGUCAUCAUUGACUGAAGCGGCUCGAUUGGCUGCAACAGUCUCAGGUCCCCCAAACAGCAGCAACAUCAGCAGGUUAAGUGGAGGGCAGGGGAGUACUGGCACAAGCAGGGCUCGAAAUAUAAACCUACCUGUCCUACCAUGUUUCUACAUUUACACUCAAGCCGAGUCAUCCACUGGAAGCGGUCCAUCCUCUGGAAGCGGUCCAUCUCCGUCUGACAUUGAUCCCCAGGCAGGUGGUUGGCCAAUUGGAGGAAAUGAAGAUCCCAGUAGUGGAGGUGAAGAUGCCGGAGAGUUGUGGGGAUCAGAAGAAUAUGAAUAUGAUCAGGCUUUAUACGCAGAUAGAACGUAUUUAAAAUUCAAAAAAAAACUGGAUUGCUUCCCCGAGCAAUGUUUUAGAUACUCGUUUGACGGUGAACCUCUUUGGGCUAUAGACGAACAUACGGAUGCGGCAAACUGUGCCGCUUGUGGAGGCCCUCGUGUUUUUGAAAUGCAGUUGAUGCCUCCUUUGCUGUACUAUCUACAACAAGCCCACAAAGAUUUGCCUCCUUCGAUCUACGGGCCUGAUGAUUGGGACUGGCACACCAUUUUGGUCUUUUCGUGUGCACAGAGCUGCGUACAGGAGGAAUCACAGCAGCUAGUGGUUCUAGGAGAGAAGACAGAUUGGAGUUUUAUAGAGGAGGCCACUAUGCUCCAGCAGGACUUGAGUGCUGCUUUCGUAACCUGACUUGCUACCUCUGUUGCUAUUAUAAAAAGAGAGCAGAGUUUCUUGAAGGGUAUGCAUGGUUUCAGACAUCUGCGUACAACUGUGAAGAGAAGGUUAAAGUCGGGUUUUAAAAUCUAACACCGCUUUGUACCAUGUAGAUGAAAUCAAGCGAUUUUUGAAGAGCAUCUAUUGAAUCCUAAUCUUCUCCACUUGUUGCAUCUGUUUAUCUGAAUCACA